CGGCGCGGGGCCGCGGGAGGGAGCGAUCCCGGCGGGCGGGCGGGACGCGCUGGCGGCGGGCGGCUGGCUGGAGCCGCCGUGCCCCUCCUCGCCCGCCGGACAGCUUUCAGACAAAAACCACCCAGAAAGAGAAAAGCAGACAGAAGACAACAAUAGCACCGAAUGCAGCGAACCAGGAGCCAUGGAUCUGAAAUUCACCUCAUCAAGAAAAUACAUUUCCAUCAGUGUACCUUCCAAAUCUCAAGCUAUGUCUCCCCAUAUCAAAUCAGUAGAUGAUGUUGUAGUUCUUGGCAUGAAUCUCAGCAAAUUUAGCAAACCUACUCAAUUUUUCAUCUGUGUUUCUGGAGUUUUUAUGUUUUAUCUAAUCUAUGGAUAUUUACAGGAAUUGAUAUUUUCAGUGGAAGGUUUUAAACCUUUUGGUUGGUACCUCACUUUAGUGCAAUUCGGAUUUUAUUCCAUUUUUGGACUAAUAGAAUUGCAGUUGAUUCAGGACAAAAGAAGAAGAAUUCCUGGCAAAACCUACAUGAUAAUAGCAUUUUUGACAGUGGGAACUAUGGGUUUGUCAAAUACCUCUUUAGGAUAUCUGAAUUACCCUACUCAAGUCAUCUUCAAGUGCUGUAAGCUGAUUCCAGUUAUGAUAGGUGGGGUUUUUAUACAAGGAAAACGUUACAAUAUUGUAGAUGUGUCUGCUGCCCUAUGUAUGAGUCUAGGAUUAAUAUGGUUUACUUUAGCUGACAGCACAGUUGCACCAAACUUCAACUUGACAGGGGUGGUCCUAAUAUCCCUUGCCCUCUGCGCAGAUGCCGUUAUAGGAAAUGUACAAGAAAAAGCUAUGAAGUUGCACAAUGGUUCUAAUUCAGAAAUGGUUUUGUAUUCCUAUUCAAUAGGGUUUGUGUAUAUAUUAUUUGGAUUAACAUGCACUAGUGGAUUAAGCCCUGCUGUAACAUUUUGCUCAAAGCAUCCAGUUCAGACUUAUGGUUAUGCAUUCCUUUUCUCCCUGACUGGGUAUUUUGGCAUAUCCUUUGUUCUAGCUUUGAUUAAAAUCUUUGGUGCCCUUCUCGCUGUAACAGUAACAACAGGAAGAAAAGCAAUGACCAUUGUGCUUUCCUUUUUGUUCUUUGCAAAGCCAUUCACAUUACAGUAUGUGUGGUCAGGCUUACUGGUUGUCCUUGGUAUAUUUCUUAAUGUUUACAGUAAGAAUAUGGACAAAUUCAAACUGCCUUCACUGCUUGGUCUUUGGAAAAAAAGUGUGGAAGAAAGAAAAUCAAGGACGUUGUCACAAACCGUAUAGACAGUGGUUCAUGCCUUGUCUAGACUUUGACUUACUAUUUUAUUGGAACAGUCUUCAACUGAUUCACUUUCCAAAGGGAACGUUAUUAAAACCAAAGGAGCUGAAGGCAUAUUGUCUGCUUGCAGACUGCUAUAAAUGCACACUGUUGUGAGCCCUUUCUUCAGAGCACUUGAAUUCAUCAUAAACGGUGUUGUAGGCCAUUGUCAGACGGUUUUAUCGGCAAUGAAGGACAGCAGCUCCUGGCAAACUGCUGAGAAGCUGCACUCAAGUGGGACACAGUAGAAGACUAGUUUGGGCAUUUUAAUAAUAUUGGCCAUGUGGCUGAUCUGAGAUUAGUGGUUCUUCGUGAUUGUCUAGGUGGGGUAAUUUAAAUGUAAUACUGUAUUAAUCACCAACUGGUUGACCAAAUUGUGAUUUUAAAGGUGGAAGGUUUAGAAUACAGUAUGUUGUCACUCUUUUACAUUUUAAAUAAAAAUGUUGGGGUUUUUUUAAGUUAUUGUUUAGAUCAUCACAGAACUUGGUAUUUAUUGUAAUAAUUGAAAUUUUUAUGGAAAUCCUAGUGUUACUCUUUUUGACUAUUGCUUGCAAGUAACAAAACUGAGAUUGAGUUUGUGCAGUCAACACUCGUGCUUUUCCAAGGGGAAAAUGGGCUUUUGGGCCUGAACAGAGUGAGAUUGAAAUAGUGGUGUAAGAAACUGUUACUUGCCUAUUCUGUGAUGAAAUACAGAAUUUUUAGUGGCCUGUGGCCCUCUCUAUUAUAGUGGUAUAAAGAGACAUGGAAGUUCUUAAAUUCCUAUUAUCAAAUCAAAAUUUUUCUAUUUCAAUAUCGGAGUAAAUAAUAACAGCAUCAGCUAAUGUGAUUGGAAUAUAUAUUGUGUCAGUCUGUGUGGUCUUCUGAUGAAGUUAAGAGGAUUAGGGUACAGAUUACCAUUUUCUUUCUUCAAUGACAGGAGGAGACAAUGUGCUACCAGUGUAUUUUUCAUCAUGAAUUUAGGAAGACUAAGUCCAUUUAUCUCUCUUUCUUUCAUAUUCAACUUGCUUUUGAAUCGCUUGCCAUCUCUUUCAUUUUAUAUAUUUAACUACAGCACUUUAAAAAUACUAAUCACCUUACAAAUCAUUGUUCUUAUGUGGUCAUGGUUUUUUUGUUGUUGUGUCCCUUAGAUUCAUCUUGGUGUGUGUUCUUCCAACUUAGACAAAAAUUAAUUGGAUAAUAGAAAUAUAUAGUCAGAAAUAACAUACAAAGAAUUUAAAUAUCUCACAGGAUGGCCUUCUGUCAAAAAUACUAGUUGAUGAAAGUAUUCAAGAUGUGCAAAAUGUUUUUCAGACACUUAGGAAGAGUUGCUGUUCAAAGGAGUUUGUAAUCAAAGCACAGACACAAAAUGUGCCUUAAAUUUUUCUUAUUGAGUUGGUAGCUCGCAUCUGCCAUAUUAAUGUGUUAUGGAACAGAACACGGAAUAACAGCCGUCUUAGCAUAAUGGGAUGAACAAGAGAAGAGUUGUGCUAACAUAACUGCACUGUUCCCAGCCCUGACGCUUCUCUGGGGUGUCAGCAAAGCCUCUCAACACAUACAAACCCACUGUUGCCAGGUCAGGAGAACUUAUUGCAUGGGACACUUUUGGUUUUUAAAUUCCCAGCUGCUGCAUGAUCAGUUGUUUCCUGGAUGAGGUAGAGAGGUGAGAAUUUGAUGAACAGAUACACCUUCAAAGAGACAGAUGGUCUGCCAUGGCUGUCCAUUUUCAUGUUGCAGCCAAAGUUUUAUGGUAAGGUGUGAUAAAGCAUUACAGUUUCAAAUUUGGUGCAAGAGUGCACUUGACCAAGUCAAGGGGAUUGAUACACUUCUUUCCCCAUAAUAUCUAUCAACUGUUACAUUCGCUUGCAUUCUUUUCACUAAAUGAAAUUGUUCUUUCCAGCAAGGUUUAGAUAAUUUUACAGUCUCAGUUCUGCCAUCUGUAAACUCUGCCUGUUGCUACACUUUAUUGAGCUUCAGGAAACCAAAUUAUGUGAAAGCUACAAUACAUGCAGUAAGUCAUAGUAAAAUAUAAUUCAUUUGGCAUCUGUUUUAUUUAAAUACAUGAGAAGUCACUCACAAAGUUUUUGACUAGAAUUCAAAUGUAGUAUGGAUGUUUCUGAACUGUUUAUAUAAUCCAGUUUUGUCUCUAUUGUCUCUCUUCAGAGAGAAUAGUAACCACAAUAAUUCACCUUUUAAUUUAGUCUCUAUUGUAUGCAGGACUGAGUUAAUGAAGCUAUCAUUAGGGGAAAUCUUGAUUUAUUUUUUAAAUAAUUUUCUUAACUGUAGAAGUGUAUGUUUUGUUUUACAAGUGUACUUUAAAAAUUAUUUUUAUAUACAAAUUAAUAUUGUAGGUUUACUGUUAAUAGCAUAAAUUUAAGAGUCAGCUCUUUAUUUUCAUAGGUAUUCAUAGGUGUUCUAGUACUUGCCAAUCAACAAUAUGUGUGUUAAAGAAAGUGCACACACAAGUGAGAGUAGUUCAUGAUUUGCCACACAUCAUGGUCUGUGCAGUUUCAUGCCUUUAUUAAGAAAACCCUCAUUUCAGUGAAUUGCUGUUUGUGGGGUUGUGGGGUCUUUUUAAUGAGCUUCAUAGUGCAUGCAAGUUAGAAAACCUUACAAACCUGCAAGUGUUCUUACUACAAAAUUUUGAGUUUGAGUCUUCUGUACUGUAUAUGUAUGUUGGUUUUGUGUUGUCUAUGAAAUAUGAAUAAGGGCUUGUCCACAAAGUAACUGUAAAUUAUUUAUUUUUUGUGUACUUAUAUUGGGAUGUUGGUUAACCCUUCCCAAUGUUGAAGGCUGGUCACAGUAACUAUUGCAUUUUAUACUCGUUGUCUCCUGGACUCUUUACAGUAGGCAUGGUGAAACUAUAGAAAAAACCAUUCAAUUCUCUCAACAGAAAAAUUGUUAUCUAAAUAUAAUGUGAAUUAGUUGCUUCUUAUCCUUGUGCUAACAGCCUUUUUCUCUCUAUAAAAAAUCUAUGAUGUAGAAAUUAGUUAUAACAGCAUUGAAAUUCUCAGUAAAAUUUAAGUCUGACCAGGAUCUCCAUUGAUGUCAGCAAUCUACCUCUGUGACACCUGCUUCUGCCUCCUUUGGAAAGCUGAGGGAGCUCUGUUUUCCUAAGUCAGCAUGCAUUUGCAGUUGCUUUCAUAUUACAUUUUUGCACUUGUCUGGCACACUUCAGUAAUGAAGUAAUUGACUGUGCAGUGGAUUUCUUCAGUAUUCCAGUACGUCAGUGUCAUCAGAACUGCUAAUUAUGCAGGUACCUGUGUGUGAAUACAAGCGUGGAAGAACUAAUGCCCUGCCCUCCAAACCUACAGUGUUUCCUGAUACUCCUUUAAACUGUUUUUCUUAAUCUUGUUUUACCACUGCUGUGCUUUGAAUUUACCAGACAUUUUAAGCUGAAGCUUGGGCUUUAUGUCAUUCCUGCUUGUCUUUCUUACCUCCUUACUUGUCUUUCUUGCUUUUGGAUGUGAGCUCUUUUUCUCAACAUGCUCUAUUUACGCACUGUGGAUUGUUUCAGGUUUGUAUUCCUGCAUUUAAGGGCUUACAUCACACUAUUGCAGGUUGGUCACAUUCCAGAUUUUCUGUUUCGUAUCAUUUAUAACCAUCUGGAUGAUUCUUUUAAAUCCUUUUUUCUCCAGGAAAAAAUCUGUCAUACUUUUCAUUAUUUUUGGAAAGGUCUUGAUGAGUGGAAUGUAUGAGUUAACUCCUUGACCUCAUUCCAUCUUCCAAGAAAAUCUCUCUUCUCCCUUGCCUGCCUGUGAGAACUAAAGGAAGAGGAAAUAAAUUAUUGCAAGUGCUCUUUUUUUUCUUUAAUAAGUGCCUUCCUCACUAACCUGGUGUGUCUUAAUUGUUUCCUUUCUUUCUGCCUCCCAUGCUCCCAGGCACAAACAAGCCCUUCUCUCAUGUUUGACCGCUGCUUGUUCAAUCAUGGAAACUUUUUGAGUUGUUUACUGUUCUGAAAAGAGGUAUAAAAUUGCCUGUAUACUCUGGAGGGCAGGAAAUAAUAAGUAAACUUCACAAGUUAAGGAAGUAAUUAAAUGGAUUAAUACGUUUUUCUGGAGGGAUUUUAUAUGUGGUUUAGUUAAUAGCUCAGAAUUUGUUAGUGGAAGGUUGUUUUUUUUUUCUUUUACAUUUUACCUUUUUAAAAAUCUUUAUAUUAAUUUUAAUAUUUAAUAUAAAACUCUUGACUGUUCAGACAGUUUAUAGAGAUUAAUUUCAGUCUUGCCUAUGAGGCAGAAAAGCCCUAUCUAUUUCAGAGAUGUAGGAGAAAUGGUAUCUUGCCCAAAGUUGCCUUGGUAAGUCUGUGAUGAGCAAGGAAUAGAUGUUAAUACCCUCAGUGAUCCUGUGCCCCAAGUCCAGCAGAGCCCAUCUGUACUUUAAAUGAAGUAGUACCAAUGUAAGCCCAGUUUACUUUUACCCCCAGCAUUAAAAGUGUUAAAUUGUUUCUGUUCCUUGUUCUGUGCAAGUAUGAUUUAAAAGGAAAUUAAGACAGCCAUAAAAUAUCUUUUCUGCAUUUUAUUUGAAGCUUUUUUGCGUUGUUAUUUUCUUGUUGAUUGGUUCUGUUUUCUGUGAGUACUGCUGUGGAAGCAAGCCAGAGACAGCAGUUUUAGGAGAAGCGUAAUAUCCUUCACUUUAAGGUGGCUGGUUCACUUUGCUACUAGUCAAAAGCUGCUUCCAUGGGAAAAUGUGAGCAAUUGUCAUCACAUGAGGAAUUAAGCAUAAUGAUGCCUUGUCGGGUCUGUAUCAUUUUGCCAUUCGCUUGUAGAGAAGCAAAGACUAAUGCAAUAAAGGACAUUCAUGCACAAAUAGCUCAGAAUACAGUGCUGACUUAACACUUCUCUACACCUGGAUUGUGCUGUUGUGCUGAUUUUUUGAGGUGUGUUGGUAAUGUAUUGCUUCUCUCUGCUUUUGGUUAUUUAGAUGUUUUCUUUAUUAGAUUUCUCAGUUUUAUGCUUCCUCUGCCUUUUUUUCCCUUUUUAUUUUUUUAUUACUUAUGUUUUAAAUGUAAAGUUUUACUUUGUAAUUUUCAUUAACACCUGUAGCGCUGUGUCCAGUUCUGGGCUCUCCAAGCACAAGAAAGAAAUGGGGCUAGAGGAGAGAGUCCAGCAAAAUGACACGAAGAUGAUGGACUCGACCAUAUCUCCUGUGAGGAAAGGCUGAGAGAGCUGGGAUUUUUCAUCCUGGAGAAGAGAAGGCUGGGGGGAAUUUCAUCAAUGUGUAUAAACACUGAGCGCAAAGACGGGGGAGCCAGGCUCUUUUCAGCGAAGCCCAGUGACAGCACCGGGGCAGUGGGCACAUACUGAAACACAGGAGGUUCCCUCUGAAUAGAGGAAGUACUUUCUUACUGUUAAGGUGAUUGAGCACUGGCAUGGAUUGCCCAAAGAGUUUGAUAAGUCUCCAUCAUUGGAUAUAUUCUAAAACUGUCUGGAUGUGGUCCUGGGCAGCUGGCUGUGGGUGGCUUUGUGUUGAGCAGGGGAGGUUAAACCGUAUGAGCUCCAAAGUGGCCUUCCAACCUCGGUCACUCUGUCAUCUUAGAUCUUGCUGUGUCUAUCUUCCACUUUUUCUCCUGUUUACAAAUUGUUAAUAAAUAUACUUAAAAUUA